AACUCAGGGGUAUAUAAUGAAUUUAAAAAAUUUCAAUAGUAUAUGGUGAAUAAACAAAAAACUUACGGGUAUUUGCAGUGGCGAACCCCAGGACACAAUAUUUUUAAAAAAUAAAAUAAAAUAAAAUAAAACUAUUCCCGAUGUUAUUUUCUUUUUUGCCCUUUAGGUCUCCCAGCCUCCCAGGGGCCAGGACACAGUACUCCUUCCUCUCUCUCUCCUCCAUUGAACAUAGUAGAAAUUCUUCAUUGAAGGAGCUUCUGAGCUUUCGCUCCUCCAUUGAAGCAGUCUCUAAGAAAUAUCUUAACAAUGGAUUCUCCGGUGGUAGCUGUGAAAGAUAACAAGCUAUUAAAAGGAGCUUUUGCAGUCGGCGGAAUCAUGGUUACUCUCGUCAUCUAUGGUCUUUUACAGGAAAAGCUCAUGAGAAUUCCGUAUGGGCAAAACAAAGAAUUUUUCACAUUCUCACUAUUUCUAGUCUUCUGCAAUCGUCUUACAACCUCAGCUGUAUCUGCUGCUUCUUUAGUGGCGAGUAAGAAAGCUUUGGAUCCUGUUGCCCCUGUUUAUAAGUACUGCUUGGUGUCUGUAACCAAUAUUCUAACCACAACAUGCCAGUAUGAAGCCCUUAAAUAUGUCAGUUUUCCUGUCCAGACUCUUGCAAAAUGUGCCAAAAUGAUACCAGUCAUGAUUUGGGGUUCUAUAAUCAUGCAGAAAAGAUACAAGGGGCUCGAUUAUUUGUGGGCUGUCCUUGUAACUGUUGGAUGUUCUGUGUUUAUUCUGUAUCCGGCAGGAGAUGAUAUCAGCCCCUACAAGAAAGGGAGAGAGAGCACGGUUUGGGGUAUGUCCCUCAUGGCAGGCUAUCUGGGAUUUGAUGGCUUUACAAGCACAUUCCAAGAUAAAUUAUUCAAAGGUUACAAUAUGGAAAUACACAACCAAAUAUUUUAUACCACAUUGUGCUCCUGUGUGCUAAGUUUGACUGGACUUGUAUUACAAGGGCAACUUCUAGCAGCUAUAGAUUUUAUUCAUAGACACAAUGAUUGUUUAUACGAUAUUGUAUUGCUUUCUAUUGUAGCUACUGCUAGUCAGUUCUUCAUUUCUUAUACAAUUCGGACCUUUGGUGCUCUCACUUUUGCAACCAUAAUGACUACAAGACAGCUUAUCAGCAUCCUACUCUCAUGCCUGUGGUUUGCUCAUCCUUUAAGCCCAUUACAAUGGCUUGGAGCAGUUAUUGUAUUCGGUUCACUAUAUGCGAAAAGCUUCUUGAGGGACAACACCCAAAAAUCCCCUCCUCCAACAGACGAGCAAGAUAAAGAAUUGGCUCCACUAAAGGGCAACCCGUAAGUUGAAAGCAUUUUUUUUAAUGUCGUAGUUUUGCCCCAUGUUGAGGUUGCUAAGUGACCCCAUUUUCUUAGACGUGAUGUUGUAGAAGGGGAUUUUGGCGAUAACGGAUAUAUAUUAUUAUAGUCUAGGGAUUUUUAUAGUGAAAACGGAUAGUUAGUUUAAUAGUCGUAGGGAACAUGACCGGGUUGAUAAUUUGGCUUUUCUCUCCUAUAUUUCUAAACGGAAAGAUGAAUAGGUUAAGUUAUUGUUAAGCAAGUCGGCAAUUCAGCUAAUUUAUGUGAAAUAUUCCAACACACUAAGUGUAUAUGUUAAUCUUGAUCUAACCUUAUGAGUUAGCAUAUUAUCACGUGUUGACUAUGCCAUAGUCCUGCAUUGUGCAUCACUCGACAAGUGCCCUCGAGUCAGGCUUUUCCACAGUGGCACAUCAUGCCUUCAAAAUGCACCUCUUAACACGCCUUCAAGCUCCAAGCUCCAAGCUCCAAGAAAUGCCCCUUGAAUGAACUAAGCCGCCUCAGUAUCUGUGGUAUGUCUGGUCACUCACGCUAUGAUGUACGAAUGAAGGUUGAGUUGGAAGAGUACACAUGGGAAUGCUUACUUGUGUUGAACUCUUAAUUUAAAUGUAUACUUGACGAGGGUUUUAGUCUUGAGUACGUCUUCCAUGGUAUUUUUUUUGUUUACCAAAGUAGACUAGUAAUAUUUAAUUUCCUAAGUACAAUAAUCAAAAAGAUGUUUUAAAUUAAUUUCGGGUUUUUUUUCUUCGCAUUUUAUUCACCUGAGACCGAGGUAUUUUAAAUUUUUAA